AGCUAUCGCACUGUCGCCGGUAGCUAUCGCACUGGUCAGCCGGAAGCUAUCGCACUGUCAGCGGUAGCUAUCGCACUUUCAGCCGGUAGCUAUCGCAUUGUCAGCCGGGUCAUUCAUGCACCGGCAGGGCGCGUUGAUGCCCUCCUUGCUCAGCGAUGUAUUCUGCCAGUGCCGGUCCGCAGAGUCCCACCCAGGGGUCGACCCGGGCGGCGGGCACGCUGAAGACCCCUCCUCAGCUGCCACAUCUAAACCAGUCAGCAGAAAGCCGGUGGCCGGUGAAUGGCAUUCGAAUCCCGGCCAGUCAGAGCAUCCCUGUGACAUAUGCGGAGGGCCCGAGCAGGAGCACAGACUGAAAGUGCUCUUCCAAGUCCUGGAUGUGAACGGGGAUGGAGGCAUUUGUGUCAAUGACCUGACGAUUGGGCUGAAGAAACUGGGGGUACAUCGCACUGAACACGAGCUUAUGAAAAUAGUGAAAGCAGGGGACAAAGACCUGGACGGACAGUUAGACUUCGAGGAGUUUGUUCAUUAUCUCAGAGACCAUGAGAAGAAACUCCGACUGGUCUUCAAGAGUCUGGACAAGAAGAAUGAUGGCCGGAUUGACUCACAAGAAAUUAUGCAGUCUCUGCGUGACCUGGGAGUGAACAUCUCAGAGGAACAGGCUGAGAAGAUCCUCAAAAGUAUGGAUAAAAACGGCACAAUGACAAUUGACUGGAAUGAGUGGCGGGAUUACCACCUCCUGCAUCCAGCAGACAACAUUCCUGAGAUCAUCCUCUACUGGAAACACUCCACGAUCUUUGAUGUUGGGGAGAGUUUGUUGGUUCCUGACGAGUUCACGGCAGAGGAGAAGAAAACAGGAAUGUUGUGGCGACACCUUGUGGCCGGAGGAGGAGCUGGUGCUGUGUCUCGAACCUGCACAGCACCUCUGGACAGGCUCAAAGUACUCAUGCAGGUUCACUCCUCCAAGAGCAACAGCAUGCGUAUUGCUGGGGGCUUUGCCCAGAUGAUCCGAGAGGGCGGUGUGAGGUCACUGUGGCGAGGCAAUGGCAUCAAUGUCAUCAAAAUCGCCCCUGAGUCUGCUAUUAAGUUCAUGGCCUACGAACAGAUUAAACGAUUAAUCGGAAGCAACCAGGAGACGCUGGGCAUUGGAGAGAGACUGGUGGCUGGCUCUCUGGCUGGAGUAAUUGCUCAGAGCAGCAUCUACCCCAUGGAGGUUCUAAAGACACGGUUAGCCCUGAGGAAGACAGGCCAGUACUCGGGCAUCUUGGAUUGUGCCAAACAUAUCUUCCGGAAGGAAGGUGUGGCUGCUUUCUACAAGGGCUACAUCCCCAACAUGCUGGGCAUCAUCCCCUACGCUGGCAUCGACCUGGCCGUCUAUGAGACUCUGAAGAAUUCCUGGCUGCAGCGCUUUGCCACAGACAGCGCUGAUCCGGGAGUGUUUGUGCUCCUGGCUUGUUGCACCACUUCCAGCACAUGUGGCCAGCUGUCCAGCUACCCACUCGCCCUGGUCAGGACUCGAAUGCAGGCACAAGCUACCCUGGAAGGAGGCCCUCAGAUGAGCAUGACGAGCCUGUUCAGACACAUCAUUAGGACCGAGGGGCCCAUGGGACUCUACAGAGGCCUGGCGCCCAACUUCAUGAAGGUCAUUCCGUCUGUCAGCAUCAGCUACGUGGUCUACGAGUACCUCAAGAUCAAGCUGGGGGUCCAGUCAAAGUGAGGAGGGAGGCAGAGUGAGAAGAUGAAGGUGCAACAGGUUUUUUGUUUUUGUUUUUGUUUCCAGCUGAAGACUAAAGUUAAAGCUUACAUUCUACGUAUUUAAAUCAAAUAAUCAAUCAAUCAAAUUAAAUGAAGAGGAAUGAAAACAGAGAGGCUGAAGAGAUGAAGACUUAGAGGAUCAGGAAGGCGUGAUUUAAGACAUUUCUGUAAGUUGCUCUUAUUUAAAUCUUUCUUUUGGCAAACCAGCUGUGCUUCAACCUAAUCUUAGUUUAGGAGGACAAGUUUAUAUUGAAGUGGUUUACUGGUGGACCAGUAAAAUGCACCUGCUGGUUUUGGGCACUGACAUUGACGUGGCAGGAGCGGUUCUGCAGUCAAUGAACACUCUUUGUCUCGAAGGGCUUUGCUAAGGCGUUUCACAGAGCAUUUCCUAUGUCGUCCUACUGGAAGACUUGAACACUAUUAAUAAUCAAAAGUACAGUGACUGCAGAAAACCCAUGUAGACGUAACCUCUGCAGGUAUGUAAUGUGCUCCUUUGUGUUGAUCUAGAGGGUAUCCACAGCUGUGUUCUAUGUAACAAGGUGAUCAGGAGCUUUUCUUUCCCACAGCAGACAGGUUCAACCAUUGCAUUAUCUACACUCCGACACUCCCUCUGGCCUGAAUGCAAUCCACAGUUUUCAUUAAAUUGCCAAAAACUCAUUAAUGCUUCCAAAGGAAUGAAUCUUCCUCCAGCGCUACCCUUAAUGUUUUGGUAAGGGCGUAGGAAUAGCACACGUGUUAUUAUGUUGUUUGUUCAGUCCAGCACUCUUUUGUACUGUGGGGUGUAAGGAACAUUGAGUUUUGAAGAGCAGGUGAAAGUGUUUUGAUUUAUGUUUGGCUGUGCUAUUCCAGACAUAAUAUUUGUUGAGUACAGUCUGAGCUGUCUUUAGUGCCCUUUGAUGUCCUCAAUGCAAAUGUUUAGAGAGGUGAGGAGUCUUCCAAUAGUGGAACAUUGAAUUUGAAAGUUUGUUUCCCAAGAUUCACUUGAAUAUAGGGCCUUGCUGAUAAUAUCGGUCAGCACUCGGUGUGCACAAUCCACAUCUAAAAUCAAUAUCGGCCUGAAAAAUCCCCCAGUAAACAACAAACGUGUCUCCUAGUCUAUACUCACUAGGAGACAUGUUUGUUGUUUACCUCUUGUUUUAUUUUUGUGAUAAAACCACUGCAAAAAAAACAAAAAACAGUAGGACAUUAUUAGAAAGAUUGUAAUGUCAGUGAACUGACUCAGUAACAUAACACAAUAUGUCUAAAGUUUGUUUUGAGUUUUUUUUUUUAUGAAUUCAACUUUUCAUUUGUACAAAGGGAUGUGAUGUUAUGUCUUCUUUCAAAAGUUACACAGUCCUGCUUUCAUUUCCGCAGAUCCAGUAGACAAUAGACUUACUGCACAGAAUGAUAAUCUGCCAUAUAGCAUUUAACCAUUAACUGAGCACUGUUGGGCUAGUUACUCAAAUAAUGUAAUUCAUUACUCUUUAAUAAUAAUUGACAAUAAUUAGUUGCCCUACUAGUUAUAUCACCUUUCUGCUACUCCCCACAAAACUGGUAAUUGUGUCCUUUCUCCCCAAAAUUCAGACUUACAACAAUGAAAAUCCAGUUUUAUUUGUUAAAUCAGUGUAAUGUGAAUAUUUCCAUAUUCAUAUUCCAAGCUAGUUACAAAAAUGAAUCCAAAGAUGUGAUUGGAUUGUAGGAUUUUCUCAAGUAUGGUAGCAACAAAUAAUUUUUGGGGGGGUAACUGUAAUAUUAUUACUGAGCAUUAUUAGUAAUUAGUUACUCACUACUAGUUACUGGGGAAAGUCAUGUUAUUAGUAGCAAUGAGUUACUGCCCACAGUGUAACUGAGCGACAGCAGCAGAAAGAGGGCAGCAACAGCAAACCAACUGCUGGCUACCUUUGCAGGUGAGGCUGCUCGAUGUGGAGGAGAGGAUUAUGACUCAAAGAGCAGCCUGCCUGCAUGCCCACACUGUGGUUGCUGUGUUGCCCUACUAGUUAUAUCACCUGAGGGAAACUACAAUGAUUGGUCAAAUUUGCAGAAACAUUUCUGUGACUGGACAAAAUCGCGAGAUCAAUCAGGAUACCCUGGCCUAUGUUGGAAAACAUGUUUCUUUGGCACUACAGACCUCAAGAAAUCAUCAUGAUUUAAAUAGUUUUUUGAGUAAAAAUGUAUAUUCUGAUGCAAAAAUGAUCAUUCCCACUAAUCAUGAGUCAUAUCCCAACGCAAUAUUUGUCAAAAUUAUCGUUAGAAUUUACAGGUUCAACUGCUGUUCAGUAUUUUCCCAGAUGUUGUCGGUAGCUACAGAAUCUCUAGGGAAUAUUUAACCGGCUUAUUGGCUAUAGAUGUUUGCCAUUGUUGUACGAUGUAAAUAAACACUCCUUUAAGUCACAUUGAAGGACAUCCAGCAGAGGCAGCGCUCCCAACCCGACUGCUGCCCUGUGUCAAAUGCUCACAGAUUCCCAUGAGUGCCUUGCGUGCCAAGCUUAUGUAAAUGUGCCGAAACACUUUAAGAGGCGGAGUCUGUAGAACAUUGAAUGCACUUUAAGGUACUCUGCUGUAUGUUUUUUUUAUUUAUUACUUUAUUUAUUUAUUUAUUUUUACAAAACACAGAUUGUUGACUGAAUUUGUGAUCUGUUGGUUGUGCUGAGGAGUCAGAUGGAUGUAUUUUUGUAUUUUGGUGAAAGAAGCGACUGAUUAAGAAGUGACUCUUAAAAAUUCAAAGCCUCAAUAGACAUGGAGCCCCGAAGUGUUUACUACCAAAUAGUCAUAUGAACGCAUUGUGUAAAAUAUACAAAUAAACCAACAAUUUGUGAUAUAAUUGAAGAAAAUUCCAACUCGACUCAUUGUGAAAUGUUUUGUCAUCAUUUAUGAUUGCAUUUUAUUUUAUUAUAGAUAUUUUUAUUUCAAAAUGCCCCUCUAAAAAGUUGGCUUUUAUUUCAUAUAGUUUUCUGAAUGACAUUUUUCCAGUUUUAUUGCCCAAUAAGACUUUUAAUGACCAUUGACGACCUGUUGUCUAACCUUUCAGCCAAUCACAUGCCCUCUGCCUCUCUGAAGCUAGCAAGCUCAACAACUGUAGUCAAAGUUAGCCAGUUAGCGUUUGUUAACUGGAGCCACAGCAAUUAGAGGUCAUGGAGUGGCAAGGAGACAUAACAUAUCAAUAUUUGCUUGGAAAAGCCCCCAAAUGAAGAGAUUUGAACCCAAACACAUUCCACUAUUGUGGCACAUUAGUAAAGCACUAAAUAGAAAUAUCUUAAGGUGGCAUUAGAGAUCAGUAUAUUGUUUUAUUUUCAAAAUACAUGUCUUCAUUGAACUAAUUUCCAUUUUUUAAAUCGUUAUUUUUAAAAAUCAUUAAUAAAGAAAAUGAUAAAAAAAUAAUUGUUAAGUUGACAGCAAACUGGGACCCUGGUUGUUGCUGUAAAUACACACAGACAGCUAUUAAAUCUCUUUAGCUUUUAGCCUUAGCUUAAAAAUGCUUCCAUGCUACCUGCCUAGUGAGUUAACCAGCCAGGCCGGCCGUGGGUUUGGGGUAUUUAUUCAGCAUCAAUGUAAAGGGUCAGCAUUAGCAUUGUUAGCUGGCUCCUGUUUGCCCAGAGAAACCACAGAAAUAGUUUUGUUUUGUUUUUGCUCUCCGUGUCUCUCUCUCUGAAGAAAAUCUUUAGAAUCAAAAUGUGUCAGAAGUAACCACAGUUACUUAGCUGCUACAGUUAACACUUGCUCCUCAUUUUGAUGCGGAGUAAUAAACCAAGCUCACAACCCCAUCUAGCUAGUUGGUAGCAUGAGCAGCAUUUAAAGGCUAAAAGCUGAAGAGGUCUAGUUACUGUGAUUUUUUUUUUAAAGCAGCAGCCUCCGGUUGGUUGUUUAAAAUGACUUUGGGGGACAGGUGCUAACUGGCUAAACUGUAUAGCAGUUGUUGGGCAGAUGGUUGGCUGAAGGUGAGAGAGGGCAGUGGCAACACCUCUGUCAUAAAUAUUGACAUUUUGAAAUAAGUAAUGGCUUUAAUAAAAAAAAGUGUUUGGAAAUCCUAUCAUUUAAAAAAACUGACUUUUGAAAAAGGUUAUUUCACAAUAAAAAAUUCUAUUAUGGAAUAAAAAAAAAUCCCAUAAAACUGCUAUUAUGUAAAUAAGAUGAUGAAAUAAGAUUUCAUAAUAAGGUAAAUAAAAAAAUCUCAUUAUUAUCAUUGUUAUUUUAUACUUAUUUAUUUGCUACUGAACACUUUGGGGCCCCAUACAAAGAUUUCCCUGAUGGAAUCGUCUCCGCAGCAGCAGUUUGUUGUUUUGGUGAUCAACAGUAAAAACCCUGCAUUUCAGCUGCAAACACUGCUCAGGCAAAAGCACAGCCGACUAUCAUGAAGAAUAAACACAUUCUGGGCAGACAUAUACAAUCUGAACUGGAUCUCAUUGUACUGUAUCCAUUGUGUGUUAUGUAACAAAAGAAAGGAUGUGUUCACUAUUAUAAUCUGUGUAUGUCUGAUAGAACUGCAGUCUCUCGUGUUGGACUGUUUGCUUCAGGAUGCCAGGCUGCCUUUGGUCAGCCGCCUUACUAAAGCACCACGUCUGCUUUUGAAACCACGCUGUGUCUUUGUAGCAGACGGAGAAGAGACGAAGGGCUCACAUUUGUUGGCUGAUCCUCAUUCACAUGCUUGGAAGCAAAUGUCUCAGCCCGUCGCUCUUUCCUCCUCUUCCUCUCUGGCUCAACAAGUGUGUAUCCGACCCCUUGCUCUGAUAUGCUAUAUGCAUAAAUUAGUGACAGAGAAAGAUGUCACCAUGUUUUCCAUAUUUUGUACAGUGCAGUAACGCUCCAAUGUCUUAACAGUAGCCCUUACUGUAUGUUGUUCUGACUAACAGGCAGUUAGGCGAAUCACCAGUGGAACUUGAACUGUACAGGAAGUGCUAGACUAUACAAACACAAUGUAUAUUGGUAAAUGUUAGUGUAUUCAGUAUAUAUAUUUCUAUUUUAUUUUAUUAUGCUAGACAUGCCUGAAUGAAUAUGUGAGUUGUUGUACAGUAGUUUGUUGCAUCCAUUGAAAGAAUGUUAUGCUAAAAAAUAUAUAUGCUUGUAUAUCUCACCUGUUAAAUAAACUAGUUCAGCAGUG